UUCAAUAAAGGAGGAGCCACAGAGAGCUCUGAAGAGCCAUGGAACAUAACUGGAAGGGGAGGGGCACUCCUACUCUAGAGUCAUUUUCCUAAUGUGGGAGUGGAACCUGGACAUGACCCAAAAAAGUCUUUAGCAGGUUGGAGGAUGUGGGCUGGAUCCAUGUAGGUCCUUUGACAGCGUUCCUAACAACCUCCCUCCCCAACCCCCAGUGGAAAUAGACUCUCCAUGACAGCCCCUAUGGAGUGCACAGCAAUGCGCCUAGCUGCACCCCUUCUGCCCAAACCACCACCAUAACCAGCUGGGCUCCAGGUGAAUGAUGGAGAUGAGAGAGGUGUCUGUGGUGACAGGGAGCUUUGUGGGGUUCCAGGUGCUCUUCUCUGUGGCCAGCCCACUACUCUCCUCCACGCUCACAUCGGGAUACAGCCUCCUGCCGCCCGCCAAGCACACUGAGUGGAACUCUCGGUUGGUGUCCACCGUGCAUGCGCUGAUCGUGGGGCUCUUCUGUCUGUACAUCCUGUGGUUCGACGAUGCCGUCAACGCAGACCCAGUCUGGGGGGAUCCUGGGCUAGUGAAGCUUAAUGUGGCUAUAACCUGCGGCUACCUCCUCUAUGACCUUGUGCUCCUGGCUCGCAACUGGGGCAUGAUGGGAGACAGCUUUUUUGUGUGUCACCACUUGGCGGCGCUCUAUGCAUAUGGAUAUGUCUUGACGCGGGGUGUACUUCCAUAUUUUGCCAACUUCCGCCUCAUCUCAGAGCUGUCCACACCAUUCGUCAACCAGAGAUGGUUCUUUGAAGCUCUCUCAUACCCACGCUCAAAUCGCCUGGUGGUGGCUAACGGCGUUGCCAUGGCGGUGGUCUUCUUCCUGGUCCGCAUUGCUGUCAUGCCGCCCUACUACACUCGGAUGGUGGCCACAUUUGGGACCCCUGCAUUUGAGCGGCUGGGGCAGGGAGCGCAGGUGGCCUGGAUUACUUCCUGCAUCUGCCUGGACAUCCUCAACACUGUGUGGAUGUACAAAAUCGCCAGAGGGUGCUACAAGGUCCUGACCGUAGUGGGCAGGAAGUCCAAGGCCGCUCCCCCAGACAGGCCAAACCGUCUCCCCGGCUCCCAUGCCAACAGCCACCGAGACUGAGGCGUGUGGGGCUGUUGGAGGGAGGGCUGUCCAGGUGUGUCUGUCUCACACAAUUCCCAAAAACAAGACUGCUACAGAGUCCGCAUACUCCCUGGCCCUAGAUGCAUGGUGCGACUGAUCUGAGAACAGUAAGCUUGCAGAACGUGUACUGUCCAAUACAUCGACAGGGUAGACCCCUGCUGCAGACGUGAUUUCCACCUUCCAGCCUCAGGUGGGCCUUGAUUAUGUUAGCCUGAUACGACAGGGCAGGGGAGCAUGAAACCAUGAAACCAAUCAGAGCUCAUGUGCGGUAGCGGCCUGAUUUCACUGGGUUCUGUGAAAGCAAGGCAGUUAGCCAGUUUUGCUGUCACGAUAAACUUUUUGGAUGGUUCUUUUUGAAAAUCUCUGCAUAUGUGAUGCACAUAAACUUGUAAUGGAAUAGAAUGUGCUAGCAUAUUACAGUAAAUGCACUUUGCAGUCUGGAAAGGGUCACCCUGCCACACCCUAAAUUACAUUUUUACAAUUCAGUUUUAAGGCAUUGUUUACCUGUAAUACUAGGAACCCUCUGAGCCACCAACUAAUCACAAUGGCUAAAUUCAGCCACCUUCUGCCACAGGGCCGGUCCAAGCCUUUAUGGGGCCCUAAGCAGAAUUUGAUUUGGGGGCCCCCCACCGCCUCGGUG